GUAUCGCCCAAGAUGGCAGCCUCCGUGUUGACAAGAUGUGUGACUGCAGCUGUCAAAGUGAAAUGUUUAUCUCCGUCUCUUACAGCCAGGCGAUGGUUGCUUUCAGCGGCAUACACAGACACCAAGGUGUGGGAAGCAAGAGGGAAAGAUCCUCAGAACCUGGCUGAACUGGCCAAAAUCAUGGACAUAACAUACGACAAGAACCUCCCAGUCAGCUCUCUGACCGUGUCACGGUUUGUUGACAAUAUAUCAUCUAGAGAGGAGGUUGAUCAAGCAGAGUACUACCUAUACAAGUUUCGUCACAGUCCCAACUGUUGGUACCUUCGAGACUGGACCAUUCACAGCUGGAUCAGACAGUGUUUAAAAUACGGGGCCAGAGAUAAAGCCCUUCACACGCUUAGAAAUAAGGUCCAGUAUGGAAUAUUCCCAGACGACUUCACCUUCAACCUGAUAUUAAAUUCUUACAUUAAGGAUGGAGACUUUAAAAGUGCAUGUUCUGUAGUUGAAGAGGUGAUGCUUCAGGAGGCCUUCGACCUUUCCUCCACACAGAUCCUGUCUCUUUAUGCUUUGGGCAACUUCCUUGGAACCAGACCACAACUCACUGUGUCAGAGGAGCGAGCUUUGGGAGCUUCGCUGCUCAUCUGCGGACUGAAACUAGACAACACUGUUGGUCUCAAUGCUCAGCUGCUUGGUAAUGCUCUCCUAGGCAAGGUGGAGAUUUUAAAGGGCAUACAUGCCGUGUUUAAAGGGAUGCCUCUCUUCUGGGCUCGAGGGUAUACAGGCCGAGUGUUGGCCAUCAUGGAGAGAGUUGCUGCUGAUAAUGGCGAUGUCAAGCUGUCCAAAGACACACUGGGCUAUGUGAGGGACCUGUUGCAGGAGUUAUCCUCCACCUCAGACUCCUCUGGAGAGGAGUCAGGCACAGAGGAAAACAAGAAAGAAGAAGAUGUAGAUGAAGAUGAUCAGGCCGAGCAGGCUAAGCUCCCUCAGUAUGUCAGCAGAUUCGAGGAACUGAGUGGCCAGCUGGAGUCUCAGGGUAAAGUGGAUCCCACCUCUUUCCAGGCUUUAGUGACAGCUAUGGCUCAACAGAACCUGGCUGCUGCAGAGGAACCGGACCUCAAAGAGUACGAGAAAUGGAUGAAGGACUGGGAGGCCGAGAAGAGGCAGCUGAUCCAGAGAGAGAAGGAGAUGAGGGAGAAAGCCGAGCAGGAGAGGAAGGAGCGAUUAGCUGCCAGGGCUGCAGCUCAGCAAGCGUAGAGACCCUACUGGUGGAGCUAAAUGUGUGUAACCGAACUCUCUACUGAGCAUGUGCACAUCACCAUUACUUCUGUAUAUGUAUAUAUCAGUUAUUGUGUGUGUUAUGCUCUUAUAUGGUCAAUAAAAUGAACUUUUCUUUGUAU